AGCUGAGGUAAGUUCACUAUUCAAUAUGUAGACCCGCUAUUAAGCAGCUUCGCUGCCCGCCGUCAGGUUUGUCCACCAUUUUACGCCUUCUGUCGAAUCACAGCGUCAUUUGGCUUGUGAAAUUGACAAGUUGCUGAAUUCGGGUAACAUCUAAAUCCAUCGCCAGUGUAAUCCAAAAUGAUGAUCUUGUAAACCACAAUAUUUUACGCCCUGUGAUUUUUCUUCACUUUUUUUCCCAUUUCUUUUUUUAUCUUACGUCGUUCCAUCUAUACACGCCGCUAGCAGUCUCCCAUCCCAUCUCGUUUCUGCUUUUUUAAAAAAACGUGGCCUCCGAAAAAACCACUUCAUCCUUUCUCGAAUCGUGUCCACAAGUCCGAACCCUUAGAUAACCUCACCACCACCAACACAUCCCGGCUCAACACGGCAAGAUAUUUCCUCCUACUCGGCCUAUAUCCGGUACUAACUAGGUUAUUUAAAAGGUUCGUGGAAAUAGAAAUCGUCCAGCAUAAGUAGGAGGGAGGCAGGAUCAGGACAGGUUGCACCACGAGAAAUAAUCCCUGAUCGGUGAACCACUGCGCCAACAUGGCUGCCCCCAAUGAUGGCUACGGCCAAUAUCCACCGCAGGAGUACGGCCAGGAGGCGCCAUAUUCCGACCAACAGCCCGCCGGCUACGAAGGGCAGACACCUCCUCCUCAGGCCACAUCGCACCAUGACGGAAAAAAGAAGAAGAGGGGCUACGCAACUCAAGCAUUCGAAUUUGGAAGCGGCGCAAACGCAGGUGCUACUCCUCCGGCACCCGGCGGUAUAACACCUGGAUAUGGAGCUCCUAUUCCGGGCGCUCAACCUUCUCCGGGAUACGGCCCCGGUGGUGCUUAUCCUAACCCGGAAUUUCAACAGGGUGGCUAUGGCUCUCCCGCACCUGGCCAGGUCCCGUACGGCGCUCCGCAGCAGCCGGGUGUUCCCCAACCAGGACUAGGUGGUUAUCAAGCUCCUGAUCCGUACUACCAGCCAGGAGUUGGACAACCACCUCCGGGAGUUGCUGGCAUAACUCAAGGAAUGGCCGGUAUGAAUAUGGGACCCGGUCCUCAGCCUGCUGUCCAGCAACCCGCUCAGCAAGCUCGGCUCGCCUUGAACCAGCUCUAUCCUACCGACCUCCUAAAUCAACCAUUCAACGUCUCAGAGCUGGACUUGCCCCCUCCUCCUUGCAUCUUACCACCAAAUGCCAGUGUCACUCAAUCUCCCGAUGCGAACUGCCCUCCCAAAUAUAUUCGGUCGACCUUAAACGCAGUUCCUACUACGCAUUCCCUGCUUAAGAAGUCUAAAUUGCCAUUCGCCCUUGUCAUCCAGCCGUAUGCCGCUCUUCAUGAAAUUGAUGACAAUGUCCCCGUUGUCCAAGAUCAGGUUAUAGCCAGGUGUCGGAGAUGUAGAUCUUAUAUCAACCCUUAUGUGAUCUUUUUAGAUCAAGGUCACAGAUGGCGGUGCAAUAUGUGCAAUCUUACCAAUGACGUGCCGCAAGCUUUUGAUUGGGAUGCUGCUGCUCAGAAGAGCGUCAACCGAUGGGAUAGGCACGAGCUAAACCACGCCGUCGUCGAGUUUGUUGCGCCUCAAGAAUAUAUGGUACGCCCUCCGCAACCAUUAGUAUAUCUGUUCCUUUUCGACGUUAGCUAUGCUGCUGUUUCGACCGGUCUUCUUGCCACGAGUGCUCGGACUAUUUUGGACAGUCUUAACAGGAUACCCAAUGCCGACCGACGAACCCGAUUAGGAUUUAUCGCCGUCGACUCGAGCUUACACUACUUCUCUAUUCCCAAGGAUGACGAUGAGAACGCAGAGACGUCCAUGCUAGUUAUUAGUGAUCUAGACGAGCCGUUCCUACCAGUUCCUCACGAUCUUUUGGUCCCCCUGAUAGAAAGCCGAAACAGCAUCGAGAACUUCUUGACUAAACUUCCCGACAUGUUCCAAAACAACCAGAGCAAUGGCUCGUGUAUGGGAUCUGCCCUGAGGGCCGGCCACAAGCUCAUCUCGCCGUUAGGUGGCAAGAUCGUGGUGCUUAGUGCUUCGUUACCGAAUGUGGGAGUAGGGAAGCUGGAUAUGCGGGAAGACAAGAAACUACUCGGCACAUCCAAAGAAAGCGGACUGCUUCAGACCGCGAACAGUUUCUACAAGUCAUUUGCCGUGGAGUGCUCGAAGAACCAGGUCUCUAUCGAUAUGUUCCUUUUCUCUUCGCAAUACCAAGACGUGGCCUCGCUCAGCAACCUUCCACGAUAUACCGGUGGUCAGACUUGGUUCUAUCCAGGAUGGAAUGCGGGUCGCGCCGAGGACGCAGUCAAGUUUGCGUCCGAGUUCAGCGACCACCUAUCUUCAGAAAUUGGGUUAGAAGCAGUACUCAGAGUACGAGCCACGACAGGCUUGCGUAUGAGCACAUUCUACGGAAACUUCUUCAACAGAUCUUCGGACCUCUGUGCUUUCCCGGCUUUCCCCCGAGAUCAAUGCUACGUCGUCGAGGUGGCUAUCGACGAGACCUUACAGAAGAAUUACGUUUGUCUACAGGCUGGUGUCUUAUAUACUACAUGUAACGGUGAACGACGCAUUCGUGUCAUGACGCUCGCAAUUCCAACCACAACCAACCUUGCCGACGUGUACGCCUCGGCGGACCAGUGUGCCAUCACGACAUAUUUCACUCACAAGGCUGUCGAGCGAGCUCUCAGCAGCGGUUUAGAUGCCGCCCGUGAUGCCCUCCAGAGCAAGCUAAUUGAGCUCCUACAGACUUUCAAGAAGGAACUGGGAGGUGGAAGUAUGGGUGGUGGUGGGCUACAGUUCCCUGCCAAUCUGCGCGGCCUUCCGGUGCUCUUCUUAGGGCUAAUCAAGCACGUCGGUCUCCGCAAGUCGGCACAAAUCCCGUCAGAUCUUAGGUCAGCGGCCCUGUGCUUGCUAUCUACGUUGCCCCUACCACUUCUAAUGCAGUACAUUUACCCGCGGUUGUAUUCGCUACACGACAUGCCCGACAAUGCCGGAGUUCCUGACCCGGAAACUAGCCAAAUCGUCCUUCCGCCGCCUCUAAACUUAUCGUCAGAGCGAUUCGUUAGCUACGGCUUGUACCUGAUCGACGAUGGCCAAACACAAUUUUUAUGGGUAGGCAGGGAUGCGGUGCCUCAGCUGUUAACGGACGUAUUUGGCGUGGCGGAUCGCACCCAGUUACGCGUCGGCAAAGGCUCAAUUCCGGAGCUUGACAACGACUUCAACGAACGUGUCCGAGCCGUGAUUCAGAAGAGCAGGGACCAUUUAUCACGCGGAGUAGGUAGCAUCGUCGUACCUCACUUGUACAUAGUGCGGGAAGAUGGCGAACCCAGCUUGAAGCUCUGGGCGCAGACACUGCUCGUAGAAGACCGGGCAGACCAAGGGAUGAGCUUCGGCCAGUGGAUGGGAAACCUGAGAGAAAGGGUUGUCCAGUAGCAUCUCCACUGCCAAAGAACCGAGGGUUUGCCAUACAAGUUGAGCAGACUUUGACGAUAAAAGGAAGAGGCGACCUGAAAGAAAGGAAGUAAAAAACAUAAAACAAAACGAAAGUAACACCAACGAAGUCACCGACUUGGAAUUGACCGGCAUGUCAACUAGCGCCUCACACAUCAUGUUAAGUAAACUAUCUAGCAUUAAUAAGCGUCGCCAGAGGCUUUGAUCACUACAAGUCAGUGGGCCGAUCUUGUUCUCAGGUCUGUUUCAUAAGAAGACCGUAUUGGGUCUGAUACGUGACCGAGUGGACUCUGGGACUUGUUACGCGCCUUACCCUACCAUGUAGAGAGAGCUCUCUUAGCGAAUUACAAUCCCGUUUCCCGGGUGGUAGGAAAAGAGAUCUGCUCGAGUCGGCCGUCUUGAUAUGCUAGUAAUACGGGUGAUCGUCAUUGUCAUUCUACCAGGUGUUUUUCACGUAUAUCGUUGAUAUUUACCUACCUACUUACCUACCUAACCUAAAGAUUCAUUCGACCACUGGAUGAUAUUUACCUUU